ACUGCACCAUCGCCAUUGACGUUGCUGUAGAGUUGGUGAAACGUGAGUCCUUGUUGAAGAUUGAAUGGAAUCUGUAGCAAAAGUUUGAUCGCAAUCUCUCUCAGGCUAGAAAUUGUAAUCUUGUUUUAUUUGCUACCCCUCUGGUCAUUUUGGAAGUCUGUAUACAGUGAAUCGAUAUUUUCUGAUGUGAUGUCAUAGUGAUUUAUGCUGAACAAGUAGUCCCAGAGAGUUAAAUGGAAAGUAAGGUUAUCAGAGCCAAGGGGCUGCAGGCACAUUUCAUACAGUAACAGAGCUGCCAGAUUCCAGUGAGCAGCACAUCAAGGCUGCUCCUUGGAGGACCAGGCUGAUCAUAGCACAGCGUGCUUUUCUGGAGGUAUUGUGCGUCUUUUGUCAUAUGGUGAUAUGUAUCCUGUUAUUACAGAACCCAACAACUAGUCUCAUACUAGUGAGGGAUGAGGAAGGAUUAAUGUGUUACUUUUUGCUUAGUUUUACUUGAAUUAUGUUGAAAUGACUGCAAUAGUACAGAAACUUUAUUCAGUAAGACCCACAUUUUACCCUACCAAGCAAACCAAUGAUCCUAAUGAAUCCGAGCACUGCAAAGACGCCUUGGAGUUGUUAGGUGAGGAAAAAGAACAGUGUAGAGUGGGAUCAACCUAGGGUUUUACCUCAUCCCAGACUUCUGACUCAAAGUUCAAAGUGAUUGAGUGAUUUUAAUGAAGUCACGUGAUCCAUAUAUUCUUACCCUAACAGCAAUCUUUUUGAGAGAGAAGUUCAGACAGUGCUGUCUGAGACACCACAGACUGCUGCAGAAUAGCAGUUUCUAAAGUUAAGACUGCAGAGGGAGCUCAACUCAACAGCGAACUGUGUGGCAACUAAUAAGAGAAUGCUUUUUGCAUAUACUGGGUGGCAAAAUAGAAAGUGUUGCAUUUGCCAGCAUUAAUUGCAAAAGUUGCAUACAAAAAUCUGGGAAGUUAAAAAGCAUUAGCAAUGAAGCAUAUUUUCCCCUUUUUUUCCCAAGGUUUUUGAUAUGUGGUUCACAAUGGCACCUCUUUACUGUGAAAUGCACAACUUUGUGAGGCUGAUGUUUCUGUGUCUCAUCUAUUCAGAUGAAGUCAACGACAUGUGGGAGGACCAGGAUGAUGAUGAUGAGGAGGAGGAGGAGGAUGAGGGUUUAGCAGGACAGCUGCUAUCAGAUCUACUCAGUCCAGGGGCAGGUGUUCGAUAUGAUGAUGAUUAUUAUGACGAGGAUGUUGAAGAUGAUCCAGACACUCUGAAGGAUCCAUUAUAUCAAGUUGAUUUACAGGCAUAUCUAACAGAUUACCUCCGUCAGUUUGCCCAGCAGCCCUGCUACACACCAUUUUCUGAUCACCUCAAUGAGAAAGAGAAGAGAGUUUUACGCUCGAUAGGUAUUUAAAAUCACCUGGAAGAGACCUGGGUUCCUCCGCAUUUACUAAGUCAUUAAUUGACACGAGGUCAGUUAUUGUUAAUACUGCUCCCUCUGUGCCAGCUGCUCGUUUUAUACAGAGAGAUUUCAUUAUCGCCCCUUUUCAUCAUGACUCCAACAGAAUUACUGCAGAGGCCUGACCUGAGGAUUCGUCAUUUCAUUUUGGGAAGUAAACAUCUUGUUGAAGCUUCUGCAGCUGGUGCUGUUGGGAUUGGAGAAAGCCUGCAGUGAAGCAUAUUCCCUCAUGAGGCAGUUUUGGCAUUUUGGAAUCUGCAAAGGAGCAGCCUUGGUUAAACCCUACUUUUGUUACAGAACGCAGACAUUAAAGUUACAUAAUGCACUUAAAUGAAUGAAGAUGGAAGAUUUGUGAAACAUUUUGUUUUGCGAUUGUCCUGGUAUUUGGUCUGAACUGUUCCUACAGAAAGUUGCUCCAUCACUGGAAGAAUAAAUAUUAACAGCCAGAUUCUGAGGAGGUUACAGCCUGAUUAAGCUCUUUAGGGUAAGAUUUACUAUGUCUGGGGCGUUUGUCUCCAACUGGGACAUUGUUUCCAUUCAGGAAAAAGAAGCAAAAGGAUUGGAUUUUGUGAUCUUGUUGAUGCAGAACCAUUGCAAAGUAGGGUUUGGGGCUUAGAAUUCCUAGAAACAGUUUUUUGCAAUGUUUCUUACACGCACGUUGUUCUUUCUCCUGUGUUAGGAACAAAACUGACACGUAACCCUUUUGUAAGAGGACCAUGGAACUUUAGACCUCAAUAAACCAUCUGCUGAACUAGG